CGUGUCCCUUUCCAGGUCACCUAGCCGACGGGACCAGUUUUCUGUGACUCGUGCUUACUGCAUUCGGAGGGCCCUCGGAGACGCUCGAGCCGCGCAAUGGAGACAGUGACCUUUGAGGAUGUAGCUGUGCAUUUCACUACGGCAGAGUGGGCUUUGCUGAAUCUGUCGCAAAAGAAGCUGUACCAAGAUGUGAUGUGGGAAACGUUUGUGAAUAUGACUGCCAUUGGAGGAACACCGAAUAACCAGCAAAUUGCAGAAGAGUGCAAAAAUUGCUCAAGAAAUCUAAGAAAUGAAGCAGAUGGUUAUUUGAGAUUUGAAGAGAAGCUGUAUAAAUGUAAGGAACAUGGAACACCCUGCACUAAUUUCCAGUCUUUUCAGAGGCAUGGAAUAAGAAAGACUGGAGAGGAACCUUGUCAAUAUGAGCAGUGUGGGAAAGUCUGCACUGAUCUUAGUGAACAAAUUCACCUUGGGGAGAAAAACUUUGUAGGUAAGAAAAGCGUGAAAGCGUACAGCACACUCAGUGGUGUUCAGAUCCAUGAGAGAAAUCACUAUGUGGAAAGUCUGUAUGUAUACCAACAAUGUGAGGAAACUUUUAUUUCUUCAUACCAAAUUCAAGUUCAUGAAAGAAGACACACUGGAGAAAAGCCUUGCAUAUCUAACGUAUGUGUAAGAACUUUAGCUCAUAGUAAUUCUUUCCAAAACUAUAAAAUGAUUCACAGUGGGAAGAAACCCUAUGUAUGUGAGCAGUGUGGAAGAUACUUCAUCCAAAAAUGUCACUUUCAAGUACAUGAAAGAAGUCACACUGGGGAGAAACCCUAUGCAUGUACACAAUGUGGCAAAGGAUUUGCUAAUAGAUCUUCAUUUCAUAGACAUAGAAGAAUCCACACUGGGGAGAAACCCUUUGCAUGUAAACAGUGUGGGAAAGCAUUCGGUCAAAAGAGUCACUGUGAUCGUCACGAAAGAACUCACACUGGGGAGAAACCCUUCGUAUGUAAGCAUUGUGGGAAAUCUUUCAGCACACACAGUCAGUGUCAAAGUCAUGAAAGAACUCACACUGGGGAGAAACCCUAUGUAUGUAAGCAGUGUGGGAAAGUUUUCAGUGAAAAAAAUAAUUGUGAAAGACAUGAAAGGAUUCAUACUGGGAAGAAGCCCUAUGUGUGUAAGCAAUGUGGGAAAGCAUUCACUACAUACCGUGAUUGUCAAAUACAUGAAAGAAGUCACACUGGGGAGAAACCUUAUGUGUGCAAGCGGUGUGGGAAAGCAUUCAGUACACAGAGUUAUUAUAAAAUACAUGAGAGAACUCACACUGGGGAGAAACCCUACGUAUGUAAGCAGUGUGGGAAAUCUUUCACACAGAAGUGCAACUUUCAAGCACAUAAAAGAACCCAUUCUGGGGAGAAGCCUUAUGAAUGUCAACAAUGUGGAAAAGGAUUUGCUGAUAAUGCUUCACUCCGUAUACAUAACCGAUCCCACACUGGGGAGAAACCUUAUGAAUGUCAGCAAUGUGGAAAAGGAUUUGCUCAUCAUUCCUCAUUUUAUAGACAUAUAAGAUAUCACAUGGGUGAGAAGCCCUAUGUUUGUGAGCAGUGUGGGAAGUCUUUCAGCCAAAACAGUCACUUUCAAUCACAUGAAAGAACUCACACUGGAGAGAAACCCUAUGUAUGUAAGCAGUGUGGAAAAUCUUUCAGCCGAAAGAUUAAUUGUCAACUACAUGAAAAGAUUCACAGUGGGAAGAAGGCUUACAUGUGACAGCAGUAGGAGAGAGCAUCACUACGUACUGUUAUUGUUAAGUAUAUGGGAGAAGCUUUAUCUGUUCAAGCAGUGUGAGGAAGCACACACAGGUGGUAUAAAAUGUGAUGGGACUCACCCUAGGGAGAAACCUUACGUAUUUAGCAAUAUAGGAAAUGGGAACAUGAGAGAAUUCAUGGUGGAGAGAAGUCCUUUCAGUAUAAGAAAUAUGGAAAAGUAUUUGCUGAGAAGUCCCUAUUUCAUAGACCUAGAAGAUUCCAUAUUUGGGAGAAAUCCCAUGUAUAUAUGCAGUGUGGGAAAGCAUUCGGCACAUGAACACGCCAUUAAAUUAUGAAAUUAUGCACACCACAGAGGAGCUGUGUGUAGCCAGUGGGGGCAAAGAUGUCUUUAUGAUAUAAACAAGGCACAAUGAGGAGUAACUCCUUCUAAGAAAUGUGGGGAAAUUAGGGCUGGGGAUAUUGAUCAGUGGCAUAAGCACCUGUCUGGCAAGUACAAGGUCCCGAGUUUGAUCCCUGAUACCCCCCCACACACACACACACGGAUGGGGGGGUAGGAAUUCAUCUGGGAGAGACUAACCCUCGGAAGUCAUACUAGGACCAAAACUGCUGUAAAUUCCAUAGAUUUCUCUCCCAAUAUUGCAUGCAUCAUCUAUAAAGCUGCAUCAUGAAUAUGCAAAGUGUAUUGGGAUUUCACCACACUUCCUAGGGUUCUAAAGAACAUCUGUGGAAUUUCAGAUCAUCUUUAAUUAAUAAUUGCAGUUCCAUCAUGUGUUUUAUACCACCUAUGUGUGUUCACUGCUUCCCCACAUUGCUUGAACAAGGUGGGAAAGCGUUUGGUAUUACCAGAUAUGUGAAAGCAGUUAUGCUGAAGAGAAAACCUACAUAUGGAAGACUAUUUUGAAAAUCCUUUAUAAAGUACUUAUGUAGAGGAAACACUUAGAAGUGAUAUAAAAUUGGUGAUGUUGAUAUUUAUUCAUAGUUUCCAGAAAACAGUCCUAGAGGAGACAAGUUAGGGUAGUCAUUCUGCUUUUCAGUAAGUCACCUGUAAAUGUCUCAUCUAUAUACUUGUAGACUUUGCUAUUAAAAAAACCACACCUUUGUCCAGGUGAGAUGGCCUACUCAUGUAAUCCCAGCAUUGGGAAACUGAGGCAGAAGGAUUGCUGCAAGUUACAGCCAGUCUAGGCCACAAAGUGAGU